ACCAUUCAAUUGAAGCGCCGCAGCUUCGCCACCUUUGAACAUGCUUCUUCAGAACCUCUCAUUGUUGUCCCUGGUUCUGGGCAGCUACGCAGCUAUCCUGCAGCCAUUUUUUUCAGAUGUCACUACGUUCGACCCUUCAACAUCCAAAGAGCUGCUCGCCCUGCAUAAGAAGCUGGUCAAGAUCGAGUCAAUUAGUGAUAAUGAGCUCGAAGUAGGAACGUGGCUAGCGUCAUAUCUCGAAGAUAAUGGUUUCACCGUAGAGAAGCAGGAAGUUGCAAAGGACCGCUACAACCUCCUCGCCUACGGCAGCAAGCGCGACACGACCAUCCUCCUAUCCUCGCACAUCGAUACCGUUCCACCGUACUGGCCAUACUACUACAAUGAAACUACCGACAUUAUCGGCGGUCGUGGUAGUGUCGACGCGAAAGCCAGUGUUGCAGCGCAAAUACUGGCAGUGAUGGGUCUGGACAAGGAUAGCGAAGCCAAGAUCUUGCGCGACGACAUCUCGUUGCUCUUCGUUGUAGGCGAGGAGACUGGUGGCGAAGGAAUGAAGGCCUUCAGCUCGUGGGAGAAGCGUCCUCAGUAUGACAUCGUUAUCUUUGGUGAACCUACAGAGGGCAAGCUGGUCUGCGGACACAAGGGCAUACUGGGCUUCGAGCUCCAUGCCACAGGCAAGGCAGCACAUUCAGGCUAUCCAUGGCUUGGUGUAAGCGCCAAUGAUAUUCUGGUUGAGGCGUUGGGCGCGCUGCUUGAGCUAAGACAGCAUCUGCCCUGGAGUGAGAAGUACGGCAACACCACCAUGAAUUUCGGCCGCAUUCAGGGUGGUGUGGCAGCCAAUGUCGUCGCGGAGACAGCAAGCGCAAAGAUUGCGACGCGUCUCGCAGCUGGUACACCAAAGGUUGUCCAGGGCCUCAUCAUCAACGCUACGAAAGAUGUAAAGGCUCGCGCACAGAAGCAAGGUGGUGACCUGGAGUUUGAUUGGAGUGGCAACGGAUAUGGCCCAGUUGACAUCGAUUGCGAUAUCGAGGGCUUCGAGAAGCUCACUGUGAACUACGGCACUGACGUGCCCAACCUUAAGGGUGAUUUCAGACGGUACCUGUACGGACCGGGCAACAUCUUCGUCGCACAUUCAGAUCACGAGGCCCUCAAGAGGAAGGAGUUGGAGCAGGCUGUCCUCGACUACCGGAGACUGAUCAUCCAGGCCUCCAAGAUGGAGCCAAAAAAGCAAGGCUCCGACGUGGACGGCGAGCAAGUCGAACUGUAGAUGCUUGUUUAUGUACAUAUGUAUAUACCCUUAGCGAGCGUAG